UAAACAAGCUGCUCGAUCAUGUCUAACCGCUGUAUGACCGUGAUCAACGAGACGUGUCAUUCUUAGCCAAUCAUCAGGCUGAAGAUUUACUGAGUUGUUACAAUGCGUACUAAAUAAUACACCAGUAAUUUAUACGUUGUGUUAAUCUGAGUGACCGAACAUUGGUAAGCCCGAUGUCAACAAAGCUAACCACGUGUUAGAAAAUCAACGAAGCGUGGAUAACCUCGUUUUGCAUGUCAACGUGUUCGGUAAUGAGAUUCAAGAUGGAGACGCCUAACUAGGUUUUCGUGGUUAAGUCGUUUUUUGUCUUUUAAUAGAUCAGUAAUUAAAGUUAACCUGAAUCAGAAGUAUGCAGGAGGAAUGAGGAGUAUUGCAGCUAGGUGUUUCACGGCAGUUAACACAGAGAGCCCUAGGGCUGUGCGGCAGCUAUACAGCCAGUGAGCUGUAGGGACAAUGUCAGGGCGUGUUGGGGGUGGCCGACAAAUGUUCUCCAUAGAGCAGAUUGAGUUGAUACGGAGGCUGAGGAACAGCGGUAUUACCAAGGAGGAGGUGGCUCAGGCGUUUGAUUCGUUUGACCGUUUAGACAAUGAGUUAGGACUGCUGUAUAGCGUGCCAGUGUCCCUGUCUCAGCCAGCUGUGCCGGUCCGUAACCACACCCAUGAACCCUCCCAUCCUCGUACACCAGUGUCCACAAUCGCCAGGACAAGUCACCCUGGUUCGAUAAUAGGCCAAGGUGAUCAUUCCUCACUGUCAUCCACACAGGCAAAUAAUGUCCCUGCCUCCCAUCAACACAACGUCCCCAACUUCCGAUCUCAUCCAGUCCCUAAUCCAGUGUACCCAGUGUCGAUGACAGCAAAUACCCGUAUACACUCUCAACCAGCAUUCCCUGAACGUCAGGCCCCUAAGCGACCACGCACUGAAACAAUAGACCUUGUUGACGACAUAGACAACACCGUUACUUGUGUUAUUGAUGAGGAAAAUAGCAACACCAGCUCAGCAUCUGCAUCAAACAUCUCUGAAGAAAUUGCCACCGAGCUACGAGAAUUUUUAAAGCAAGGUGUCCAGAAAGCUGGGGAUGAGGUUCGCUGGUUUGUGAGUCAGUACAACAUACAGCUGGGACAGAUCGCCUCGAUGACAGGCCAAACUUUUGCCACUACUACCCAGUUUUUACAGGGAGAAUACAGUGGUAUUCCUCAACACUGUAUGCAGAGUGUCUUUGCCUGGUACCUCACCUACAAGAAAACCGUGUCUAAUUCCCCACCUCAACCAACUUCAUCCUCUCCAGGCAGCACACAAUCAGGUGCUCUUCCAAUGAUUAGUCAAAAAGUGAAACUGCCAGACGGUCAGGAAAUCUUCAUCCCCCAUCAACGACGAGAACGCUUCACCUUCCGAGAAAAACACCUUGAGGUGCUGGAAACCUGCUUCAAUGAGAAUGCCUAUCCUUCCCAUGAACAACGUGAAGCCAUCUCUCACAUGUGUAAUAUGGCUGUCAGUAACAUGGGACAUCGUUCCCUUCAUGAUAGAGAGAAGGUGACUCCACACAUGGUGCUAAACUGGUUUGCCAACCGCAGGAAGGAGGUGAAGAAAAUAGCAAGAGAAGAGGGUAUCCCGGAGUCAGAGGUGGUGCUACCCAGCAAAGUCAGCAAACGUCCCAUCAGCUUCGACAUUUCCAUGGAAGGUGUGACUUUGUCCCCACUGGAACCUAGUCAGGAUGAUGUAACUGACCAAACCGAUGAACCCGAUGACCGAACUUCCCCUUCUAUCAAGAGUGAACCAGGCUGACCAGCCCUUACCAUAAAGAGAUGAUUAUCAGAAUAAGUGGAAAUUUAGAAAUUUUCCAUCCCAAUUGUGCAUUUAUGACCCGAUGCAAGAUAGUGCAAUAUUAAUGGUCACCUCUUCCAUUCAGAUAUUUACUGAUGUGUUUUUUCGAAAAGACAGGAAAAGUAUCCUAACAUUGUCAUCUAAUUAGAAUAUCAAAUGUGAAUGCAAUAUAUACAGGAUUACCAUCUAAGUGAGCCAACUUAGUUUUUGAAUUCAUGAAAAAGUGUUUCAAAAUGUCAUAACAGUUAAAAAGUUUGCUUUUCUGACCUCGGUUUGGCAUACUCUUUUAAAGUGUGCAUUGAAAUGUAGCCAAUGACUAUGAGAUUUACGUCUCCAUGAAGCUGAUCCUGAACCAGCGCUUACAAAACAAUUAUUAACAUGUGGGUGACUCCCACCGAUUAAGUCCUCGUGAAUUGGUGAACAAGUCUAGUGUCAUCAUUUGAGAAUUCCAGCUUGGAAGGAAAUGUUGUAGUUUGUAGUCCUGUUUAUUUGUCGGGAUUUGAGAAAUCCAAGACAAGAAGACAAGAUGACAUUCUGGACAGGGAGUCACCAUUUGAGUUUUCCGAUGAAAACAUGUUCGGGAGGCAAUUUUAUGGUUUAGUCCCCACCUCAAUUUUAUUUUUCAUCAUCUGAUGAACCCAAGAAAAGACAAUCUGCAAUGUAAACAUUUAUAUUAUAAAGAUAGUUGUGCCAGUGAGUAUAUAUUGCAAAUUCAAUACUGAGUAAGUUUGAAAAAGUCUCGGGAUGGACAUAUUACAGUUCACAGUAUUCUGUAAAGGACAGCAAAGGGUAUAAAGUUGUUUUCCUUUCAAAGCCAAUUUAGUUUUUGUCCAAUUUAUCGAAUACAUUGUACAUGCAUGUUGAUAACAGAAUUUUUUAGAUUCUGCCAACUUUUUUAAGUGGGUGCUUUUAUAUUAAUUGCAAUAAAUUUGUUUUGAAAUAAAAGCUU